AUGAAGAGUAAAAGCUCCACUGAAGAAGUUUCUGAAACAAGCCCAUCUAUCAGCAAGAAGGAAUUUGAAGAUGAAGAUGAUGAGGGAGAUGAGGGUGAAGAGGAGGAGAUGGACAAAGAUGGCCUGCAGCUGAGGAACAAUGGCGUCAGCUCCAGCAACAGCACCAUUGAAGAGAAUGAGAAGAAGGGAGUUUCUGGAUCUGUGCGGCAGUAUGUUCGUUCCAAGACAUCGAGGCUUCGGUGGACACCUGAUCUUCAUCUUUGCUUUGUUCAUGCAGUUGAGAGAUUAGGUGGACAAGAAAGAGCAACACCUAAGUUGGUGCUUCAAUUGAUGAAUGUCAAGGGUCUUAGCAUAGCUCAUGUCAAGAGCCAUCUUCAAAUGUAUAGGAGCAAGAAGAUGGAAGACCCCGAUCAAGUUAUGUCGGAGCAAGGCUUUUUCAUGGAAGGCGGAGACAACCAUAUUUACAACCUCACUCAACUCUCCAUGUUACAAAGUUUCAACCAAUGGCCUUCUUCCGGAUUAAGAUAUGGCACUGCCACUGAUGCCUCUUGGCGAGGUCGCCAACAACAGAUUUAUCGCCCUUACAAUACACACAGGACUGCCCUACUUGAUCAUAAUACCAGAAACAUUGGACUUUAUGGUUCAGUUGCUGAUAGGAUAUUUGGAAACAACAACAACAACAACAAUCCCACUUCAGCAAACAAUCACUUACAUACAAAUUAUCCAUCUCCCAGUUAUGUUCAAACCACUUGGAGAAGGCAUCAAAUCCGGGAUGAGUCGUUCCAAUCCAUGAUCAACUUGCCAUGCCAAGAUCAUAGUUGGGGAGCAAUUCGAGAUGGGCAAAACAUGCUGAAAAGGAAGGCUCCAGAUUCAGAUCAUACUACUUGUGACUUAGAUUUGAAUUUAUCUCUGAAAGUUCCACCAAAAGAUGAUCAUGAAUUUGGAAAGGGUUUGGAGGGUUGUAGUUUAUCUCUUUCCUUGUCUUCAUCUUCAUCCUCGAAGCUUAGCAUGAAGAAAUUAGAAGGUGGUGGUCAUGGCAGGGGGGAGCAUGGGAGGAUGCCAAGUACUCUGGACCUCACUUUAUGA